AUGUUGUUACCUGAGUUUGAUAUUGUCUAUGUGAGCCAAAAGGUAAUAAAAGGAAGCGUCGUAGCCGACUUUCUUGCAAGUCGUGCCUCAGAAGACUACGAAGGUUUGAACUUUAAUUUCCCAGAUGAGGAUUUGAUGUGCAUCUCUACCGAUGAAGAGAGCUCUAGGGGUAAAAAAUCUUGGACCUUGUACUUUGAUGGAGCCUCUAACGCUUUAGGAAAUGGAAUUGGGGCAGUGUUGAUUUCCCCUGAGGAAAUGUACUAUCCUUUCACAAGUAGAUUAGAAUUCUUUUGUACCAACAACAUGGCCGAAUACGAAGCUUGUAUUAUGGGGUUAAAAGCAGCCAUUGAAAGAAAGGUCAAGGCACUGAAAGUGUACAGAGAUUCCUCAUUAGUAGUGUACCAACUAAAGGGAGAAUGGGAGACGAAAGAUUCAAAGCUAGUGGAAUAUCGAAAUUUGGUCCUUGAACUACUGAAUGAAUUUGAGGAUGUCAAGUUCAAGUACCUCCCUCGAGAGGACAAUCAGAUGGCAGAUGCUUUAGCUACCCUAGUAGCGAUGUUUAAAGCUAAUAAGAGAAUUGAUAUGAUGCCCAUAAUGAUGCAAGUAUACGAGACCCCAGCCCACUGCUAUCACAUAGAAGAAGAAAUAGAUGGCCAUCCAUGGUACUGUGAUAUCUUACAGUACAUGAGAUACCAGACGUAUCCUCCUAACGCAUUUGAAGUUGACAAGAGAACCAUCAGAAGAAUGGCAGUCAGAUACUUCAUUGACGGGGAAAUCCUAUACAGAAGGGGUAGUGACCAAGUUUUACUGAGAUGUGUAACUGCCAAAGAAGCAAAAAAUGGUAUGGAAGAAGUGCAUGGCGGAACGUCUGGAACACAUGCAAAUGACAUCAUUGGGGCAAUCACACCGGAAGCUUUAAAUGGGCACCGAUUCAUCUUAGUAGCAAUCGAUUACUUCACAAAAUGGGUAGAGGAUGCUUCCUAUUCCAGUAUCACGAGAUCCACAGUUUGCAGGUUCAUAAAGAUGGAAAUAAUAUGUCGAUAUGGGUUACCAGAAAGAAUCAUCACGGACAAUGCUACUAAUCUAAACAACAAGAUGAUGGAAGAACUUUGUGUGCAGUUCAAUAUAAAGCAUGCCAACUAUGUUACCUAUCACCUUAAAAUGAAUGGGGCAGUAGAGACAGCAAACAAGAACAUCAAAAGGAUCAUUACAAAGGCUACAGAAACUUACAGGGAUUGGCAUGAGAAAUUACCUUUCGCUCUUUAUGGUUAUAGAACGACUGUACGAACAUCGACAGGGGCAACGCAUUUAUCUCUGGAAGUAGAAUUGGAUGAAGCAGAAUGGAUUCAGUCUCGCUUUGAUCAACUGCAUCUUAUUGAAGAGAAAAGGUUGAAUGCUAUAUGUCGUGGGCAGAUGUACCAAAAAAGGAUGAUGAGAGCCCAUGAUAGGAAAGAACUCAAAGAGUCUAUGAAAGAUUCAUUUCGCAGUUUCCGCAAAGGAUCAGUCAAUAUCUUACAUGGAUUGAAGCAAUUUCAAAGACUGGGAGGUCAUUGCUUUCAGCGAUUCGGGGAUAGCCUUGUUACUAAUGAAGAAUCAGUUUUACCGGAGAAGGUAAUUAUCCAAGUCAGACAGACUCAUUGGACUGAGUUAUCAAGAAUUUGGGCCACUUGGGAUGAUAAUGAGAAGACAUUGUUCAGAGAAAUAUACGGCGACCUAGUAGAGAUGCUCAGAGUUCCAAUAGACACAGUGGUUGUUCGAGCGCUGGCCGAGUGUUGGAAUCCAGCUUACAGGAAUAAGGAUCACUUCGACAUCGCUUUAAUUGAUUUUGUCGAAUCUAUUGCUAGAAAGAAUCCCGCACCAGCUAUCCUUGCGGAAACAUUCUUGUCAUUGAACCAGUGUAGACGAUUGGGGGGAGAUCAGUUCACCGGAUGUGCCUCAUUGUUACUAGUUUGGUGGUGGAGCCACUCCUGGAUAAUCGAGAAAGGUUGGGCUCGGAGACAUCAAUCGAAUUUUUCGCCUCUAGUGGAUUUCCUCAGUAAGUGUCAAAUACCAGAGCAUCGCAAUAGGAAGGAAUGGGUUGAAGCUCUCCAUAACAUAAAAGAUACGAGAUAG